AUGGCGUCGGUGGCGUGCGCUCGAGCCGAGGUCGGGGACGGAAAUGGCGGCGCUUCUAAUCUACUACUCUCUUCUCCCUUUCUUCGCCCUCGCGAGCUCCCUCGAUCUCCCCUCUCAUGGUUGUUAUUGGACCGAAUGCCAAAGUAAAUGGUUUGGAGGAUGCAGCUCCCAUUUCUCAGCUGAUCUAUCAGAUAACUGUAACGGUCUUUGCGGGGAGUCAGAUAGCCCACCAUGCCUUCCUUUCCAUACGCAUUUUCAUUGUUGCAUACCAGAAACACCAAAGGUAACAAACAGGUGUGGAAGGUGCAACAACAAGUUGGACUUUGGAGAAGAGUACAUAUGUUGCACGGACUGUUCAGAACCGUAUAUUAUGGACAAAGCAAGUAAAUUGGGUUAUUGUAAGUCUGGUGCACAGCUGGCCAUGCAGUUAAAACCACAAGAGACUUUUAAGUGGGUUUCUGGGCCAUGGAUGAAGUGUUCCGCUCCUUGUGACGGCGGGGUGCGUUAUCGAGAUGUGGCUUGUUUUGGAAGUACUGCUGGCACAUCAGUCAAGCAGUAUCCUGUUGAUGAUGCUCGAUGUUCUUUGAAAGACAUGCCUCCUAGACAAGAAGCAUGUAAUCUGCAGAGAUGUGUUGACUUCAGCAUCAGUGAAUCAACCAAUUACGAGAAAAGGGGAGUAUCUGGUUGGUUCAUUGCAUUGAUCGUUCUUCUAGGGCUUGUGGCUGUUGGAGGGAUUGCCUUUGCAGGCUACACUUACUACAAGAGGAGGACAUCGACAUCAAGCGGCUUCGUAUAUAUCAUGAUGGAAGGCUACUCCUAAAGACUGAUAUAUGAUUGCCGAAAAUAUAAAAGAUUGAUACUUCCCUUUGCUUUUUUCUCUUCAAUUGAUCCAACAAUAUUUGGUGUAUACUACUGUAAAGCAUUCUUUGUUUAAAGAGUUCUUUGUGUUAAGUACUGCUAUUCCAUUGCGAACAUCAAACGUAUUUGAAGAGAAUUUCUUCA